AGCGGACUCCAGUGAGCAUCCCGUAGCUCCCAGCGCCCACCCUGCCGGCCCCCCGAUGGCUCCCCCUGUCCGUCUGGUCCUGCUUCUCGCCGUCCUGCUCAGCCUGGCGGAGUCUCCCGUCUCUGUGCCCGUCCGCCAGGGACGAGGAGGCUGGACCCUCAACAGCGUGGGCUACCUGCUGGGUCCCGUGCUCCACCUUCCCCAGAGGGCGGACCGCGGCGGGAAGGAGAAGACAGCCCUGGAGGUCCUAGACCUGUGGAAGGCCCUUGAUGGGCUCCCCCACCCCCGCCCUCGGCGGGCCUCCAAGAGGAGCCUGAGGGAGACCUCUGCCAAGCCAGAGACUGCGGAUCUGGGCGAGUUCAGCGAGAAAGCCCCCAGGAAGGGCGAUGCCCAGCGGUCCUAGAGAUCUCCAGACCUCUGCUCCGUGUCCUUCUGUCCAGCUCCUCCUGAACCCCUUCCUGUCUCGCUCCCUCCACUGAGACUAAGAUCCUGAAAUUAGGUCCCUGAGUCUCAUGCAGGAAAUUUGGGGAGCGUUGGGAGACUUUUCUUAAAAGUCGCCAGACCGUGGCAGGUUUCACUGAUUUAUCCUCGAAUAAGUAGAAAGCGUUGUUAACAAACUCAAGAAUGAAAUCUGGGGCCAUUUAGGAGAGUCGGGGUAACGAGGGAGUAUUUCUGCCGUCCGUGCAAAGUAACUGUCUUCUUUCGGAACCAUAACUUGAGCGACUAAUAUGGUAUGAAUGUCCCAUUUGCGUCUAAGCGUCCACGAUGUCUGGCUGAGAAAGAUUCUGCCAAGUAGCGGGCUUGCCUACCGUCGUUCCCCCGCCCCCGCUGGGCGUCCUCCAGUUCGAAAGGGGGAGGGGUACCCUGGAGCAGAGUGGAGAGAAUAAAACAUUUCU